UGUGCCUGGGCCACUGACCAAGAAUAUACAUAACCCUUCCCCUCGAACCUCUUGACCUCUAAUCUCCUCCACCAUCAUCUCGACUCUUUCACUUCGCAAUCCUUUCAAUUGCUUCUUCUCCAUCUUGAACUAUUGAUCUCACUCGACAUCACUUGGAUAUAAAGGAGUUUUCACUUCUCUGCCUCUUGGGUUAAUCCCUUCACACACCAACGACUCUUCCUUCUCAUCAAUCACAUACACCACUGCAGCCAUGGACUCCGAUUCUUGGGCUCACUCUUUCUGCCUCGCUUGCGACAAGCAGGUCCAAUCAUCAACUGAUGCCUACUGCUCUGAGUCUUGCAGACUGGCCGACUUCGAGAAGACCUCAACAACAAGCUCUCAGGCCAGCUCACCCGGCCUCGCUUCUCCUCCUUGCCAAUGGUCAUCGAAAUCCUCCAGCUCGGGCUUCUACCUGUCCCCCGCCUACGAUUUCUCCAACGCAAAGCCAUACGGAUCAAGGCACAUGAGCCAACCUACCUUCAAGCCUUACGGCACUGAACAGUCAACUAUCCGAUCCCUCACUCCCUCGAGCUCCCACAGCAGCCUCUGCUCCAUGCAAAGUACCUCAACAACAGGAGAGUCAAGUCAACUGUCAGACAAGGCGAGGAAGGAACUCCGAGCGUACGCAGUGUCCUUCGACAAUGUGAGGACUCAGCGAAGGCGAUCAUACUAAGCACGAUACCACAACGACUUCACUCAUCCACAUGCAACCUCACCUAAACAUCACCUAAAAACUUAUCAUCACGCAACUCAUUCAACAUCUACAACAUCAAACGCAUCAACGAAACCUCAACUCACACUUCACGCCUUUUUUCUUUUAUCUUCAUCGAAGAAUCUGUUUGUACCAAAGACGGGCAUUACACCGGAGCACUGCAUUAAAAAAAAAGUUUGUUUUACAUCGA